AUGACUCUCAUUCAUAUGGUUUUCUUCAAGUUCCGGGCCGAUGUGUCCGAGGAACACAAGCAGACAUUCGUACGCGAGCUGAAGAAACUGAAGCACCUCCCUUGUGUCAAGGACAACCGCCUGAUCGUCGGUGGUCCUUCCGUUACCGACCCUAUUGAACGGAGCAAGGGCUUCGAGUUUGCUCUCCUCAGUUACCACGAGAACCGUGCGGCUCUCGACGAAUACCAAGCUAGCAAAGAGCACACAUGGGUGACUCAAACCUACAUGUUCCCUUACAAGGAGGAUUUGUGCCGCUUUGACUUCGAGGUUGACCCUGAGGAUGAAUACAUGUGCCCAAUUACCGCGCUUUCAAAAUUGAGUGGCCUACAAACCCCCACUGAGGCCCCAAAGACGCCCGAGACUACAAAUUAG